CAUAGCCCUCUCACACCCUUAAUAGUUUAGUCCCCAAUACUCCUUUCCUCAAAACAAAAAAAAUUCUACAAAAGCAAAAAAUUGCCUGUUCACUUCUCAGCUUCCUUUUCAUCCUUGGGGAAAACUCGGUUGGCCUGUUUCACAAUUUAGAGCACAAUGACAGUGAGCAUCAUAGACUACCAACUCACCAACGACACACACAAUCUCUACGAUAUCACCUUCUUCACGGACCAGAUCCACACUCUAGUCACCAACACUCCCUCCCUCGUCGACCAAUGGAUUACCGAAACUCAACAACUACUUCACCAAAACCCUACCAUCGUUGGCCUAGAUGUCGAGUGGCGUCCCAAUUUCAACCGCCAUAUCGAGAACCCAAUCGCCACUCUACAGCUCUGCAUUGAUCACAAAUGCCUCAUUUUUCAGCUCAUAUAUUCCCCAACUAUCCCACAAUCUCUUGUGGAAUUUCUUCUCAGUGAGAAUUUCUUGUUUGUGGGCGUUGGAAUUGGUAGUGACGUUGAAAAGCUGGUGGAGGAUUAUGGGUUGAGUGUGAGAAACACAGUGGAUUUGAGGAACUUGGCUGCGGAGAAGCUAGGAAUGCGGGAGCUGAAGAAUGCUGGGUUGAAGAAUUUGGUCAAGGAAGUGUUGGGGAAGGAAAUUAAUAAGCCCAAGAGAGUCACAAUGAGUAGAUGGGACAAUCCAUGGCUUACUCCUGAUCAGGUUCAGUAUGCUUGUCUUGAUGCCUUUGUGUCUUCUGAAAUCUGCAGGAGAUUGAAUUCUUCUUCUGCUGCUGCUGCUACUGCUACUGCUACUGCCGGAGCUUCUACUUGAGGGGGUUUUUGAAAGUGGGUUUUGGUUAGGACUAAUUGCUUAAAAUUUCCAUGCUGGUUUCUCUGGAAAGCUUGUGAACUUUGGAUACUUCUCAAAUUUUCUGUUUGGCUUGUGUUUUGUUUGCUGUUGUGGAGAUGAUCAUUGCAGUCAAAUAAAUAAAAAAAUAUGUUGAAAUGGAUCAAAAGGCC